CUGAGUCAAAAAUCACAAAUUCUUUUGAUAACAAAAAUGGCUGCUGUACAACAAAACUAUACCAAAAUGAUUUCUGCACAGCUACGCAUGAAAUCAAAUGAGUUUUUAAACUCACGAAAACAUGCAAAUAAUCUCGCUGAUAUCCUUCAAAUGUUUGAGGCUGAGACCGAGAAUUAUACACCGCUGUUAUUAACAAUCGAAGUCAUAUUUACGGAGCUUCUAAAAAGGGGUGAUUUGGUCCAGCAUAUCGUCCCACUUAAGCCUGCAGACACCAGUCCUGAGGCUGAGUACAAGAGAUGGCUCAACGAGUGUUACGAGGCAGCCAUAUCCCGUGCCCUUCAGUGCAUCAAAUGUGGGCGCACCAGCUCUCGGCUGCAAGCUCUGGUGACUGCUUGCAAGCUGCUGCAGGCGGAAGGGAAGUACCCGCUGGAGCCUACUACUGGUUAUUACUUCCCUUCUGUAAGACUUAAGAACAUAUUCACAGUGCUACUGGACUCAGAAAUAUCCAUGUCAGCGCAGAUUGCACGCUUCCAAGAGUUCACAGAGUACAGGGAUGUGCAACAAUUUGGCCUUAAAGUUCUCUCUGCAAUUGCUUAUCGCAAAUCUGCCACUCAUAUGUACAUGCAAAAUUUCCUUGAGCUCCUCGACAAACUGUUAGCCUCUGAAAUAUCCACUGAGAACAAACCCAAGGCUAAAGAUCGAGACAAUGACACAGAGAAAGACAUGAAAGUGCUCUGUGCAGCUGACGGCAAGCCGCAGUUCCCGUUCAACCCUCAAAUGUGCCGGCGCUGCGCCAACCGUUGCUGGAGCUUCGCGUGCCUGUGGCCGCUGUGCGAGGACCCGCGCACGCAGCGCCGCGCGCUGCUGCUGCUGGUGGAGCGCCUCAUGCCGCUGCUGAGCAAGCCGCACCUCGCCACCGACAUGCUGUGCGACAGUCUCGACGCAGGCGGGCCGAUCAGCAUGCUGGCGCUGCAGGGCGUGCUGGAGCUGGUGCGGCGCCACAACAUCGAGUACCCCGACCUGUACGACCGCCUCUACGCCAUGUUCGAGCCGGAGAUGUUCGCCACGCGCUACAAGAAGCGCCUGCUGCACCUCGCCGACAUAUUCCUCAGCUCCACACACUUGCCCGAGGGUCUGGUGGCGGCAUUCGCCAAGCGCCUGUCGCGGCUGGCGCUGGUGGCGGCGCCCGAGGACGCGGGCGCGCUGCUGGCGCUGGUCGCCAACCUGCUGCUGCGCCACCCCGCGCUCAAGCGCAUGAUCUGCUGCGACGACUCGCCCGCCGUCAUGUCCAACGACCCGUACGUGAUGGAGGAGUCGCACGCGGCUCGCGCGCGCGCGCUCGGCUCAUCGCUGUGGGAGCUGCGCGCGCUGCGCCGGCACUGGGAGCCCGCCGUCAGCCGCGCCGCCGCGCUCGUGCUGCGCGCCGCCGACCAGCGCCAGCCGCCGGCGCUGCUCGCGCCCGACCAGGACCAGCUUUUCGAUGCAGAGCUGAAGAAGAGGUUCAAGGCAAUAGAGAUGAACUUCAUCCGGCCGCAGAGCAUGGCGCUGCCCGCCGGCGAGCGGUUGCUGCAGUACUGGGAGUUUGCCUGAGCAGCGCUCGCCUCGGCUGCGCUGUUGACACUCAUGACGUCAGCCGUGACGUCACCAAGUUCGUGAUCCAACAGGAGAUGUUUCAUAAUACAAUGAUUCUUUGUUGAUAUAAAAAAUCAUUUAAAUCGAUUUAGUUAACUAUAGCUUGGCGAAUUCGUUCGUAACACUCCCGAUGGUCCGCGGGGGCCGGGAGGGGGUUAGCGAUGCCCCGCGCGCACGAUUUCAUACCCGCGCAGUCUUUCCCCUCCUGUCGCCCGCAUAUCAUGGGACUGUCAGGAACAUUGCCAAGCUAUAGAAUAAAUUCACAGACAAGAGAAUAGAUGGUACCACCAAAUUAAUACAAUCUACACAUUUAUGUCAAGCAGACCGACUUAGGUAAGACUUACAUAACCUCCACAUAUGUGGUGUAACUAUCCAUAAGGAUUUCCACAAAAAAAAAAUGGGCCUUUACACCACAGGGCGGUAUCUUAGGCCUGUAAAAUAUUUUUAUACUGUAAAGAUUACAUGAACCCAUUUUAGCCAUUCUAUCAUUAGUAGAGUUGGACUUCAAGAAUUGUUUUUUUUUUUUUUUGACAAUACCAAACAUUUGUGGUUAACUACUUGCCUUUUUAGUGUGAGGACUUGACUAAAAUAUGGGGUUUAUAGGAUUAGGUAUUUAUGCAGAAGUAUGUAAGCUAUUUACAUUUUGCAACAUCUCCUUUACAUAAUCCAAUGGCUGUCAAAUUUGACAUCACAUUUUGUCCGGUGCCAGCAUAGAGAAAGAUAUUUGACAUUUUCUGUAUGUUGGCGCUUCUAUAUAUCUAAAUAUACACAGAAGCAAUAAAAUAUAUUUGGAUAUACGAUAUUUAAAGAUUUAUGAUAGUGAUGUAGUUGUAUAAUUUUGAGUCUUAACUCAUAGUUGAUGCCAGUGAAAUGUUAUGCUCCUAGAGUCUGCAAUAUCCUCUAGGCUUAGGGAAUGUUAAAAUCUUGAGAUAUUCUCUUCAAGAUCAAUAAUACCAUCAGUGAAGUAGUGCAACGGGUACCUCAUUGUAAAAUAUCUAGUGGAUAGCCACAGAUUAACGAAUAAUAUGCAGAUAGAGCGCACGGAAAACGACGCUGUCGUAGCCGCUCCAAAUACGUAAUUAAAAAACGAAUACAUUCUCGAGUUAGCACAACACGUGUCUAAUCAAUAAUUUGCAAUAUUAUUCAAGAAAAAUGGCGUCAUAGGUUUUUAUAUAUUUUAAAAACUUUUCACAAAAACUGAAGAAAUAAGAUGGAGUAUUUUUUUAUUGGUAAUUAUUGAUUAUAUUAAUUUACGAAGUAAAGACUCAUUCUGGAUCAUCUUUAUUCUAUGUGGAAUAGCUUGAUUUUUCAAAGAUCCAUGAAAAUGAAACUAACGACAAAUCAUAUUCAUUACAUGCAAUGAAAAUUGAAUUUCAAUGGAUAUUUCGCCUCCAAGGUGAAUAACACUUCACUCAGUAACUACUAAGAAAGUAGAAAAGUAAACUAUUUGUAAACUUUUUGAAUCUUGACACGUUUUCUAAAAAACAGAAAUUAUAGAUUAAUUAAAAUAAAAUGAUUGACACUUUUUGAUCAUUUCAUUUUGACAAAAUAAACAGCAAAUAACCUAACUAUUCGAGAAAAUGCAUUUUGAAAAUGAUUGAUGUUUUUUACCAACAUCAAAAAAAGGAGGAGAUUCGUAAUUUGUCGGCAUCUUUUCUUUUUAUUAAAUAGUUUUCUAUUUGUAUAUUCCAAAAAUAAUUUAAUAAAUUAAUAGUUUUGCACAAAUGCUGUUUGGAAUAACUAUUAUUAAAUGUUAGCUAUGUUAGGAGUAUCUCUGCGUGAUCGAAUCAAAAAUGACGAGAUCCGCAGAAGAACCAAAGUCACAGACAUAGCUCAACGAGUUGCGAAGCUGAAGUGGCAAUGGGCGGGGCACAUAGUGCGAAGAGCCGAUGGACGUUGGGGUCCCAAAGUGCUGGAAUGGCGACCCCGCACUAGUAAGCGCAGUGUUGGCCGACCCCCCACCAGGUGGACUGACGACAUCAAGCGAGUCGCAGGGAUUCGCUGGAUGCAGGCGGCUCAGUAUCGUGAUGUUUGGAAGUCCCUACAAAAGGCCUAUGUCCUGCAGUGGACGUCCAUCGGCUGAUAUGAUGAUGAUGAUGAUGAUGAUGAUUAUUAUUAAAUGGCAUGUUGCAAUUGCAGAAGUUUUCAUUUAAAAACAUUUUUAGUUGACAUUAGUUUUUAAAUUGUUGUGUUAAUAGUACAUUUGUACACAAAUUUUCCUACAAUAGUUUACUGUUGUUGUUUGUUGUUGACAAAAAAGCUUGCGUAGAUUUUAUCAAGUUUCAUGCAUUUUCUUUAAUAUGUUAAUUUAUUAUUAUUUUGUUGAAUUAUAAUACUAUAUAAUUCAAUUGAUGCCUGUCUGUAUGCACAUGUAAUUUUUAAAACCUUUUAUUUUAUAACAAUAAUAAUUUGAAUUAUUAUUAAAAUAGUAUUUAAAUAUCUGUUAUGUUUAUCCAAGUGUUGAAAGUGAGUUAACAAGUUAGCUCUUGACUACAAUCACACCUGAUGGUAAAUGAUGUUGCAAUCCAAGAUGCUGAAAAGAUGACAUGAUUAUUACAUGCCGACCAGCAUUGUGAGAGCGUGGUGGGUUUAAGCUCUAUAUUCCUUCUAUAAGGAGGGUGGAAUGUCCCAGUAGUGAGCUGUUAAAAACCGCUGAUAAUAAUUUUUAUUAAUUGCUAGUUAAUUUUGCACUACCAUGUCCAUUCUGAGCCCAGUGGGCCUAAUCUCUCGUGAUGAGAAAAUUAUAUGUAUAUUGUAGACCAAUAGCCGCGGAUCGAAUAUAUCGCUCUCUAUUUCGUCUCAUUGCAACAAAAGAGAGAGCGAUAAUUUCGAUUCCGCUACUAUUGGUCGAUAGAUUUGGCUGGUGGGAGGCUUCGGCCGUGGCUAGUUACCACCCUACCGGCUAAGACGUACCGCCAAGCGAUUUAGCGUUCCGGUACGAUGCCGUGUAGAAACCGAAAGGGGUGUGGAUUUUCAUCCUCCUCCUAACAAGUUAGUCCGCUUCCAUCUUAUUAGACUGCAUCAUCACUUACCAUCAGGUGAGAUUGUAGUCAAGGGCUAACUUGUAAAGAAUAAAAAAAAAAAGAUAAUACAUCAUUCUCUAAACAAUAAAAUAUGUCAUUGACUGUCUACCCUUUCUACUUUCAUUCCAUUUGAGUAUAUUAAUAACCCUAACCACCUAUUUAUUUUUAAGAGCUUUUUAAGAUUUAUGUAUAGGUUAAGGAAUUUUGUUGAAGAAUAUUUAAUUUUUUUUUUAUUAUAAUAUGCCUUGAAUUUCGUCGCGAACCGCCAUAUUAAUUUUAUUGUUAUUAUUGUAUUAUUAUCGUUUAUUAUUAUUAUUAUUGGAGCCUCGCAAGGGUGCGGGACUGUAAUGAAUAUCGUAAAUCUGUAUGUUAGUUAUUUACUGAAUAAGUUUAAUAAUCGUAUGUAUAUUUAUGUUACUUACUCCGUUAUAAUCCCUCAGAAGUUAUUUAUUUAAAAAUAUACGUUUAAUUUUAUUGAAGUUUGAAUUUAUUGAUUUUUUGUUAAAUUCAAAGUUUAAUCUUAUUAAUUUAAACUGCUCCCUGUGAACAUGUAAUUGAGAUUAUAAUGGAUCAAGCCAUUUUUAUAUUGCCUUUUUGUUUUAGUUCCCAAUUUAGGAUGCAUUUGUAAUCUGUUUUAACGCAACAGCUGUGGUUGCAGUUUUUUUUUUUAAUUUUGUAGUGUUCUAAUUUCGAUUUUGAAGAAAUCUACAAAAUCUACAAAAUCAAAAUUUCAUUUAUUUCAAGUAGGCUCAGUUUACAAGCACUUUUGAUACGUCAGUUGACUAUUUGUAAAGAUUCUACCACCGGUUCGGAAGGCAGAUACAGACUUUUGAUACUAAUUCGCAAAGAUUAAAGAACCAAUAGGCAGAUGAAGCGUCGCAUCAUCAAUUUUUCAAUAUUAUUCAAGAAAAAUGGCGUCUUAUAUUUUUAAAUAUUUUAAAAUAAGAUGGAGUAUUGUUAGUGUUAAAUUUUGUAUAUGCGUAUGUCAAGGAGACGCGUGACGUUUUGGGUUUCUAUGGGUUUCACCGGCUCCAUCACGCUGCUUGUAAAGAGUCAUUCAGGAUCAUUAUUUAUUCUAAAUUCCAUAGAAAUCAAACUUUACUUUCGAACUAUAGUUAUACUAAAUAAGUUUUAAUGUCAAUCCCAAUAUUUUCUGGCACUAAUUCAAAGUCAUGAUGCUAAUAAGAACAAAAAUAUGUGUUUUCCUGUUUUGGACCAUUUUGAAAAAAAGCAUCGUAAAGUGGUGUAUUAUGUUAGUAUGUAGAAUCUCAAGUUCAAAGCUCUAUAAAGUUAGUGCCCGCGCCCGCCGUGUGAUGUGAUCAUUUGUAACAAAACACAUAGUUUAAUUUAGUGUAAGGACAUUUUAUUUUAUUAUUAUGAAUAAAAAAUAUAAAUAAAACAA